UGCAGUUCCCAUGACAACCACCAUCGCUCCCUCCUCCCUUUCCCGUAGCGGGCUGGAGCAGGCUCUUCUCCUCGCCUCCCGGGGCAAGGGCGGCCUGACGCUCGCUCCUGGCCCCCCACCCCCCACCUCGGUGGGCUCCGCUUCUCCGGCUUGGGCACUGCGGAGGAGCCGCAGCUGCUGCGGCUCCGGCGGCUUGGCGCGGCGGGCGCGACCAUUCCUGCUUCCGGAGAGGGGGCGGGACAGGGCGGCCCCGCUUGCCCAGAGGUCCUGACUUUCUCGGGGCUUAGGCGGAGGCCGCGAGUGGGAAGGGAGACGGUCCCCGGCCGCCUCCGGCUAAGGGCGCCGGCCGAAACCCCCCCUCUCGCCCCCCUCCGGCGUGUGCAGUGGUACGCUCCGGCCGCGGAGGAGAUGCGGUGAGCCAGCCCAGCCCAGCCGGAGCGGGAGGCGCCGCCGCCACCUGGUGCAGCACGCCGGGCCUCCCCCCCGCGGGCGUCCCGGGCGAUGUGGGCUCUGGUCCCUCCAGCACCCCCCCGCUAAGCCGUCAGCCAGGCAGCCACUCCGCCGGCCAGCCGCAGAGGGUGCCACUCAGGCCUCCACCCGACCGUCACCAUGGCGAAGCGAGAGUCGAGUUCGAGCCCAGUGGUGCGGCAGAUCGACAAGCAAUUCCUAGUGUGCAGCAUCUGCUUGGACCGCUAUCACAACCCCAAGGUGCUCCCGUGCCUCCACACCUUCUGCGAAAGGUGUCUCCAGAAUUAUAUCCCACCCCAAAGCUUGACCCUCUCCUGCCCCGUGUGCCGCCAGACCUCCAUCCUGCCCGAGAAGGGCGUGGCUGCCCUCCAGAACAACUUCUUCAUUACCAACCUCAUGGAAGUGCUGCAGCGGCAACCUGACAGUGCCAGCCACGAGGACGCUGCCGCUGCCAUGCUGGACUCCGUCAGUGCUGUGCCCGGCAAGCCGCUCUCCUGCCCCAACCACGAGGGGAAGAUGAUGGAAUACUACUGUGAGUCCUGCGAGACGGCCAUGUGCCACGAGUGCACGGCAGGCGAGCAUCGAGAGCACAUGACGGUUCCCUUGCGCAACGUCGUGGAGCAGCACAAGGCUUCCCUGCGGCAGCAGCUGGACGCCAUCAAGAGCCGGCUGCCGCAGCUGGCCACAGCCAUCGGGCUGGUGUCCGAGAUCAGCCAGCAGCUGGUGGAGCGCAAGAAUGGUGCUGUGGCUGAGAUCGGAAGCACUUUUGCUGAGCUGGAGAAGGCCCUGCACCAGAGGAAAGGGCUGCUGGUCCGGGACUUGGAGGCCUUGUGUGGGGCCAAGCAGAAGGUGCUGCAGGCCCAGCUGGACACCCUUCGCCAAGGCCAGGAGAACAUCUUGAGCAGCUGCAGCUUCACUGAGCAGGCGCUGGACCACGGCUCGGAGACAGAGGUGCUGCUGGUGAAGAAGCAGAUGAGCGAGCGGCUGAGCGAGCUUGCGAGCCGCGAGUUUCCCGAGCAGCCCCAUGAGAACGCCCAGGUGGACUAUGUGGUGGAGACGGAGGGUGUGCGCAAGUCCAUCCUCAACUUGGGUGUGCUGCUCAGCACCAGUGCCAUCGCUCACAAGACCGUGGCCACCGGAGAGGGCCUUCGCCACGCUGUGGUCGGCCAGGCCGCCUCGCUCACCAUCACCACCAAGGACAAGGACGGCGAGCUGGUGCGCAGCGGCAGCGCCUGUCUGCAGGCCAAGGUGACGGCGCCUGACGGCUCUGCCCUGGACCACGAGGUGCUGGAUAACAAGAACGGCACGUACGAACUGCUGUACACUCCUCGCCAUGAGGGCGACCACCUUCUCUCCAUCCACCUCUACGGGCAGCUGAUCCGCGGCAGCCCCUUCCGCGUCAAAGCUGUCAAGGCUUCCGACGUGCCCCCCUCCCCAGAUGACGUCAAGCGCCGGGUCAAGUCCCCCAGCAGUGGCCACAUCCGCCAGAAGGCUGUGCGCCGCCCAUCCAGCAUGUACAGCAGUAGCAAAAAGAAGGAGAACCCCAUUGAGGACGAGCUGAUCUUCCGUGUGGGUAGUCGGGGCCGGGAAAAAGGUGAAUUCACCAACUUGCAGGGGAUUUCCACCUCCAGCAGUGGCCGCAUCGUGGUGGCCGACAGCAAUAACCAGUGCGUGCAGGUCUUCUCCAACGAGGGCCAGUUCCGUCUGCGCUUCGGCGUGAGAGGCCGCUCCCCAGGCCAGCUGCAGCGCCCCACAGGGGUCACCGUUGACCUCAAUGGGGACAUCAUCAUUGCAGACUAUGACAAUCGCUGGGUCAGCAUCUUUUCCCCUGAGGGCAAGUUCAAGACCAAAAUUGGAGCGGGCCGCUUGAUGGGCCCCAAGGGCGUGGCUGUAGACCGCAACGGGCAUAUCAUUGUGGUGGACAACAAGGCCUGCUGCGUCUUCAUCUUCCAGUCAAAUGGGAAGCUUGUGACCAAGUUUGGCUGCCGAGGCACCUCAGAGCGCCAGUUUGCAGGUACCCUUGAUGGACCACACUUUGUUGCCGUCAACAACAAGAAUGAGAUUGUGGUGACUGACUUCCACAACCACUCCGUGAAGGUGUACAGUGCCGACGGAGAGUUUCUCUUCAAGUUUGGCUCCCACGGCGAGGGCAACGGGCAAUUCAAUGCCCCAACGGGUGUCGCCGUGGAUUCCAAUGGGAAUAUCAUUGUGGCUGACUGGGGCAACAGCCGGAUCCAGGUUUUCGAUAGCUCAGGCUCCUUCCUCUCCUACAUAAACACCACAGCGGAUCCGCUCUAUGGACCACAGGGCCUGGCGCUCACCUCUGAUGGACAUGUCGUGGUGGCAGACUCCGGGAACCACUGUUUCAAGGCCUACCGCUACCUGCAGUAACCGGGGGGGGGGGCAGCUGGGUCCAGGCGGGGGGGGGGAGUUGGGAUGUUCCCUUGAUCCACUUCCUGCCCACCUGCUGGCCUUAAAGAUGUGGGCUGGGGGUGCUGGUCCCUCCGUGGGGCCCCUCCCCACACUGGGUUGUGGGCUGUCUGGCAGGUGUCUGUGUGAAGGUGCCAAUUUCUCCGGAGGCAGCUCUAUGCCCAUUGAGUUCAGGAUGCUUCCUGGGGUGGGUGUGCAAGGGGGUGCCUUUCGCUUGGCCAUAAGCCUCUGGCCUCUUCAGAGGGGAGGGGACUCUCCCUCCCUCCCUCCCUCUUGGUGAGGGCACCGCAGCGCCUUGCCUGUUUAGAGGUCUUGGCAUCCCUGCCCCCUCCCCAUCAUGGGGAGCAGCUAGCCCUCUUUAAUUCUUUCCCCACUGCUUUGUACAUCACUUUGCUCUUUCCUAACUUGGAUUCGCUCUGCACUUUAUCUCUGAGGCAGCCCCCUGUCCUCCCCCGCCCUCCCCCCCUUACCUAGCUAUGGCUGUUUGAGGAGGGGAGGCAGGCGGCAGAAUACUUGCCCCCCAGCAGGUGGUAGCGGAGCGACUGUCGCCUCUGGGCAGGGCAGGAAGGGGGGGGCAUCACUGCCUGCUUUGAUCUCUGGGGCUUCUGUGGGGCUGUCCUUCAGAUGCAAAGAACCCAGGUGGGGAGAGGGCCAGACUUGCUAUGGGGAAGGUGGGCCUUCCUCAUCCUGAAGGGCACCUGCUACAAAGCAGUUUUUCCAAAGCCUGAGGUACUGCCUUCCCUCCCCCAAUGGGGGUGAAGAGACCCUGCUUCAUGGUGGCUUAGGCAGGGGGGCCUGGGCUGAUGGCUCCAGCUGCGUGGCACCUGAGCCCAGCCUUGAUUCCUGACCCUUGCCUUUGCCCUCCAGGGAAGGUGGAAUUGCCACUGGGUCCCACUGCUACUUCCUGCAGGCUCUCUUUCAAGAUGUCAGAGCUCUUUGUCCUCCCCCCCACCCCAAGAGGGAAGCAGAGUCCAUGCUCCGCCACUCUUGGGGCGGUUUCUCGCCUGGGGGACUCUGCCCCUCCUUUGGGCCAAGCUGAACAGGCCUUUCUGCCUGCCCGCUUCCCUGUGCCCUUCCACUCAAUAGCAGUUCCAGCUGUAGCCGCUGCCUUCCCUCCCCCUCUGCUCUCUGGGCCUUCCUCCCCCACACACUCCUGUCUGGCUGGGCUGGGUUGAGGCAGCCAUGGGCUGACCAUGAAAUGUAUGUAUAAAAUAAAUAAAUAAAUAAAUAAGUAUUCUGAAAGUAA